AUAAACUUUAUUAUUGAAUGUUGCCGCACGCAGGUCUGCUCGUGCCUCGGCUGGGAAACAGUCUGCAGGUGCGUAAAAACCAGUCUGUGCAUCCUGGAGCCAGCAGGUAUCAGACAUUUUGCUCUUUUUUUAAAUGGAGUUCAGCCGGUCUCUGAGAGUCUGGCUCAUUUGGGACUCCUCAUCACCACCCCCUCCUCCUCCUCCUCCUCUCCCAUCCACACGCACACCUCUUGCCCUGCACAGCCGCAGUCCACGGCGAUGUGCCGUUAACGGCUGAGCCGCCCCGCGCUCCUUUCUUUUUUACUCCUCCUCCUCUUCCUUCUAAUUCGUCUUCUUCUUCUCCUUCCACCAUCCCUGCUUUCAGGCAGAGAGGACCAGCAUCCCACCACCACCCCUCCCCUCCUGCCUCUCCUCCUCCUCCUCCUCCCCGGGCUGCUGCUGCUGUCUCUGUCCACCGGCGCUGCAACCAUCCUCAUCACUAACAUGGAGACACCAGGCUGCUGUCGCGCUUCCAUCUAGACGGAAGGUCUCCGCUCGCAGAAUCAAGACGGGGGGCACAAUGAGUGAAGAGCCACCGGUCACUCCCAGCUGGCUGACCCCUGACCCCACAGCAUGGGCCAGCGGAGGCGGGGGGCCGAUGGAUAACAGUACCAUCCUGGGGUCGUUUCCACCAGAGGACUCCCUCUCGCCCAGCCAGCUGCCCCUGCUGGUCAACCCCUGGGACAUUGUGCUGUGCUCGUCAGGGACCCUCAUAGCCUGUGAGAACGCCCUGGUGGUGCUGGUGAUCUGGCAGAACCCGGCACUCAGAGCCCCCAUGUUCCUGCUGAUUGGCAGCUUGGCGCUGGCCGACCUGCUGGCCGGCCUGGGCCUGGUGCUCCACUUCACCUGUGCCUACCUGCUUCGCUCUGACUCUGCCCAGCUGCUGACCGUAGGCCUGGUGGUGGCCUCCUUCUCGGCCUCCGUCUUCAGCCUGCUGGCCAUCACGAUUGACCGCUACCUGUCGCUGUACUAUGCCCUCACCUACAACUCGGAGCGGACGGCGGCCUUCACCUACACCAUGCUGGUGCUGCUGUGGGGCCUCUCCCUGUGUCUGGGCCUGCUGCCGGUCACAGGGGUCAACUGCCUGGCGGAGGAGGCUACGUGCAGCGUGGUGCGGCCGCUGACGAAGAACAACAUCGCCGUGCUCUCCGUCUCCUUCCUGCUGCUUUUCGGCCUCAUGCUGCAGCUGUACAUCCAGAUCUGCAAGAUUGUGAUGCGCCACGCUCAUCAGAUCGCCCUCCAGCACCACUUCCUGGCCGCCACACCCCACUACGUCACAACACGGAAGGGCGUGUCGACGCUGGCCAUCAUCCUGGGCACGUUCGCCGCCUGCUGGAUGCCGUUCACUGUCUACUCCCUCAUCGCUGACUACACCUACCCUCCACUCUACACCUAUGCCACGCUGGUGCCUGCCACCUACAACUCCGUCAUCAACCCGGUCAUCUACGCCUUCAGGAACCAGGAGAUCCAGAAGGCACUGUGGCUGGUGUGCUGUGGCUGUGUGCCCGCCAGUGUGGCCCAUCGUGCAAGGACCCCCAGUGACGUCUGACGAAGCAGACCCAGGUGGGAAGAGAGAGGCGCCCUGGGUCAGCUCUGCUCCUCACUGGGUCUGUCCAGUGUCACAGAGGGCAGCAUCAGGGGAGGAGGCCCAGGGCAGUGGCUCCGGCUCCUGCUGGAGGUGUCACUGGCUGAGGCAGGUUGCUCACUGACCCACAGCCCGCCUGGAUGGAUGGAUGGAUGGAGUUUCUCUUUCCUUUCUUACAAUCACCAUAGGGCAACGUAUCUCACUGUCUUCCCCCUGUAGGCCUGCAUCCCGGCCCCUCCCUUCCGGCCCGUGCCACGCCCUUCCUCUGUUCUGCAGAGCGCGCUGAGUGCAUCACAUGUUCCAUCCAUAGGAUGUGCAUACAGUUAACAGCACCAGACCUCUGGCUGACACGUGCUGUUCUUCACAUGGGGGCAGGGAGGGGCGGGUUUAUUAUUAGUUGGCGCCCCUGUGCGUGCGUAAAAGCGCACGGGAGAUGAAC